AUGGCGCGCUUCCGCGUGCCCUUCCCUUCCCUCCCCAUCCCACCGUUCCUCCAAGCCGUCCCAGCCCCGACGAUCCGCAUAAUUGCCCUCCUUGUCACCAUCAACAUCGCGAUCUGGAUCGUCGCAGGAAUCAUCCUCCACUUCCAUCCGGCCCUCAUCUCUCCCGCAGCGCUCUCCUACGUCCUCGGCCUCCGCCAUGCCCUCGACGCGGACCACAUCUCCGCCAUCGACCUCAUGACCCGCCGCCUCAUCGCCUCGGGUCAGCGCCCCGUCACCGUCGGUACCUUCUUCUCGCUGGGCCACAGCACGAUUGUGAUUGUGACGUGCGUGGUCGUGGCGGCGACGAGCGGCGCGUUGAGGGAUCGGUUCGAUGGGUUCACGAGGAUAGGAAACAUCAUCGGGACCAGCGUCAGCGCUGCGUUUCUGCUGCUUCUGUGUGCGGGGAACGGAUGGGUCUUGUAUAAGCUCAUUCGAAGGCUCAGGGUUGUGUUGGAGCAGGAAAGGCGGAAGACCCUGGGCCAGGUCGUUGAGGAGGAGGAUGAAGAUGCGGCCACGAAUUUAAAGUUGGAGGGAGAGGGCUUCCUUGCGAACGUCUUUAGGAAGGUGUUCAGGGUCGUCGAUCGACCUUGGAAGAUGUUUCCUCUCGGUAUUCUGUUUGGACUCGGUUUCGACACCAGUUCGGAGAUUGCUAUCCUGGGACUGUCGAGUGUGCAUGGUGCGCAGGGAACGAGUAUCUGGCUGAUCCUCAUCUUUCCCGUCCUCUUCACCGCUGGCAUGUGUCUCCUCGACACCACCGACGGCGCGCUCAUGAUGGCCCUGUACACCUCAAAGGCCUUCUCCCGAGACCAAGUCGCGAUUCUGUACUACUCUAUAGUCCUCACCGGCAUCACCGUCUUCGUUUCGGCGUUCAUUGGCAUCAUUCAGGUGCUCUCACUCAUCGCAAACGUGGCGGAACCCGAAGGAAGUUUCUGGGACGGUGUUGACGCCAUCGGCGAGCAUUUUGACAUCAUUGGCGGCAGCAUCUGCGGCGUGUUCGUGGUUGUUGGACUCGGUUCGGUGUUGGUUUACCGUCCGUGGAGAGCGAGGAUGGAUCGCCAGAACCAGGAAAGGGCGAUCUUGGUUCCAGCUGAGGAAGAGGCGCUGGAACCAGCCGAGGGACCGAGUUAUGGAGCUGUGACAACGCAAGAGCCUGCUUCCAAGAAGGAUGCUGAGGCCAGCGAGAGGGAUCUGAGACUUAUCCAGUAG